AUGUGACGCCGGCGCGAUCCCGCUGGGGGAGCGGAGUCUCGGAGGCGGCGCUGCAGUGGACGGAGCGACGGACGCGGCGCAGGGUGUCCCAGCUUUCGCUCUAGCGCCAGCGCGGAGGCCGCGAUGUCUGGGCUCUCUCGCCCGCUGCUUUUGGCCGUCGGCUGCCUGGCCGCGCUCUGCGUGAUCACAGCGGCCAGGAACACCACCGUGGCCCCGAACGUGACUACACCCUCGUCUCCACCGCCCACCACCGCGACAGUCCCGGUGUCACCGACGACUCUCACGCCGCCGCCGGUCACCACUCCAGCACCAGAUAUCUGUGGAAGCCGAAACAGUUGUAUUUCCUGUGUUGAUGGUAAUGCUACCUGCUUUUGGAUAGAAUGUAAAGGUAAAAGCUACUGUUCAGAUAAUUCAACAGUUAGUGAUUGCAAGGUGGUGAAUACCACAGGAUUCUGUUCUGUGCCCACUACCACACCAACGCCAACCAAUUCUACAGCUAAAACCACAACUCUGCCUUCCACUACUACAACUUCCACCACAGCUACUACGUCAGGUACAGCUAAUACCACUUUAACUCCAACUAUACAACCUAUGCGGAAGUCUACCUUUGAUGCAGCCAGUUUCAUCGGAGGAAUUGUCCUUGUCUUGGGUGUGCAGGCUGUAAUUUUCUUUCUCUAUAAAUUCUGCAAAUCUAAAGAACGAAACUACCACACUCUGUAAAGAGACCCACUAAAUUAACAAGGACUGGCGUGUAACUCACUGAAACCAAAAUAUUAUCUUUCAAGAUGUCCCACAUGGAAGAUUGCUAUUCUAGGAUCUUUAAUUUUUCAAAGGAUACAUAUAGGAGCACCACCCUUGAAGAAGAAUCAGUUCAGUCACUUUGCGCAACGGGGCUAUUUAAAGUACGCUGCAUGAGUCCUUGUGGCUGUCUUUCAUUUUACAUGGCUGCUGCUGUGGGAUUGUGUUCUCUCUGCUUGACAUGCCAAAUGUAACUGUAAGUGAUGGAAAACAUUGUCCUGCGCAGACAACCUCAUGACUCUUUUGGCAAUUUAAAUGUAGUUGUUUUAAGCCUAAAAGCUGCAUUAUUUUCAUCCUAACUCAGGAUGUAGUUUAGUGACCAGAAUUGAGAAGAAUGUGCCAAAUGAGCAUCAAUCAGGUGGAUUUUUGGCUAUCGUUUCAAAAGUGGAAUAAAUUUAUAAAUUUAGUACCCUUAGAGUAAAAUUUUGUGCUUGAUACCAGUUGUUUUUUUCUACAUUAGAAAAAAGAUGCCACACAGGGAAUUACAUUCCAGAUUUAAAGAAAUGAGAGGAUACAAAACAUGAAAAGUAUAGCAGGUUAUUGUUCAUACUUGUAAAGCACCUUAUAUCAUUGAGAAAAUAAAGAACAGUGCCUUAAAAGACAGACUGAAAGGUAGACUGUAACUUAAAAAAAUGUUGGUGAUUUGUUCUUUUAUGUUAAUGAAGGGAAAAGUUGGUCUGAGGAUGUAACUGUUGAUGUGAGCAGUAGUAAACCUGCUUUUAGAUACCAUACUGUUAGUAUUUAAUUGAAAACUUACCUACUUUAUUUCAAGCCUGAAUAACUUAAAUGAUGUUCUGCAGAGUCAAAAGCCUUCAUCUGUUGGACCUACCACCAUUUUUCUUACGGCUGUUAAAAAGUAUAAAGUUGAUUUAAUUAUGUUUUCCUUUGUACUUCAAAAAAGUAUCCUAACACUGUUGUACCUUAAAAAGAUUUCCACCGAGCUUUUUGAAAAGUAACUUCUAUAAGGCAAGGAAGAAAUAAAUUAUUUUAGAAUCAGUUACUAACUCUUUAAAUGAGACAGUGAUUUUAAGUUUUGAAAUAGCAAAUGUGAGCAGUAUAAUUUCAGAAAAAAUUUAGUUGAUCAGAUGACUAAAUUUUUAUUGAUAAUUUCCCUGGAUAAACAGAUUGAACUUUUUGUUUCUCCUCUCCCAGCCUUUCUUCUUAGUUUCGAUUCCUGUUGUAGGAAAAGCAUGCAUACUUUCAUGUUUUAGUUUCCUCAUGAAGCACUAGUUUUUUUCAGGUUGAGGGAUAUUUCUUCCCUGCCUUUGACACGUUGGAUUAGUUUCAGGGGCUUAAAUCAGUUUAAAAUGAACUUUUGCUUUUCUAGGUCAUUAAGAUGUUUUGUUUUAGUUUCUUUAGCCAAUAGGGGCUGAUUUUAGUACUGGUUUUCAAUAUUUUAUAGUACAAGACAAGUUGCUUUGGUCCAUUUCAUAAGCCAGAAUUCCUUAUAUUUAGAUAAUUAAAGGUUCUUAAAAUGAAGAUUUACUGUUUCUUUGUUACUUGCUGGUACAGCUAAAGUUUGUUUUACUUGCACAUUUGUACAUAUACCUAAUGUUUUCAAGUGCCUUAAUUGUUUAAAAUCUCUGGCUUCAAAGGUUUUUGGGAAAAGGUAGGCUUACCUCACAUUUUUGUGUUUCCCUCAGUAGUAAUAUUCUAGGUACCUCACAAAAAUUUUUAUUAUGGUGCCAUGGCUGUUAGCUUUUAGUGAUUGCUUUAAGAUAUAAAAUUCAGUUGAAAAUACACAGAAUUUCCAUUCUCCCAAAGGGGUAAAAAUUAGCUACAGUGGUGUAAUUGUCAUUUACUUAGAUAUGAAUACCUUGCCACACAUUAAUGUUAACGCUAUAGCUAUCUCUGUGAACAUGUAGCUGAUGAAGCCUCUCAUCCUCUGUAGGUUUGAAUACUGCUCUAACAGAGUCAUAAUGUAGAAUCAGAUUUUACAAGAAGAGCCCUUACAGCGAACUCACAGCCUUUUCCCCUCUUGAGCAGUUUAGUAUCUUGAGCCAUUAAUGAUUUGGGGUUUGUUUUUUUUUUUAAUCCAGAAGGUACAUAGAAACAUUUUCAGAUUUUUCACCUGAUUUGUUCAUGCAGAUUGUAGUUCUAUUAAAAUCCCGUAUCUUACCUUAACAGAUAAUUGUUGCACAGGCAGACACUGCUGUAUUUAGAAAUUUCUGUUUCAGUUCAUUAAAAAUUGCAAAACCAAUCUGUAUCAUGUACCAAACCAAUCUAAAAUAAAUCUACAUGUUUAUUGGGUUAA